AAAGAGGUAUUAAAAACAAGAAUCUACAUACAAUUGAGACUAUACUGAAUGCCACUGUUUAAAAAACAGCGAUUGUGAAACUUUAGCCUAGAGAGCUUUAAAAAAGUUUAGAAAACUCCAAGAGAAAUUUAAGACUUUUCAAUUGACACGAACGAUCAAAUUCUCAAAGACCUGUUCGCGUCCAGGAACUUUCCAGAACAUUCUGUGAGACGAGCCUCAUCCAACCAGGCCGAUGUACACGACGAUGGCAAUCGAUUUGACGUCAGAACAAGUGGCAGAGUUUAAAGAGGCCUUCAGUCUUUUCGACAAAGAUGGCGACGGCACCAUCACGACCAAAGAACUGGGGAUCGUAAUGAGGUCACUGGGUCAGAACCCGACAGAGGCGGAGCUUCAGGACAUGAUAAACGAGGUCGACGCUGAUGGCAACGGAACGAUUGAUUUCCCAGAAUUCCUGACGAUGAUGGCGCGGAAGAUCAAGGACACCGACUCGGAGGAGGAGCUCCGCGAGGCGUUCCGCGUGUUCGACAAGGACGGCAACGGGUUCAUCUCCGCCGCGGAGCUGCGUCACGUGAUGACCAACCUGGGGGAGAAGUUGACGGACGACGAGGUGGACGAGAUGAUCCGGGAGGCGGAUAUGGACGGGGACGGGCAGGUCAACUAUGAAGAAUUUGUGAGAAUGAUGACAACAAAAUGAGAUUACCUGUCCUUUGAUAAUCGCCGCCAUAUUUUGUGUGCUAUGGAUGAGUACUACACAGGAAGUUGAUGUCAUGAACUCAUGAACUUUUGAAAGAUAAUUUGAUUGCUCUCAAGCCUGUUUUAUUUUAAACAAUGUGAUGAAAAUGUUCAUGUUUUUAAAUGUACCGAUUGUGAUCAGACUAUUGCGAAACAAACCAUUAUUGUAACUUUCAUGUACUGUUUUUCAUCGCUUUUUAUAUAAUAAUGAAAAAUCAGCUUUUUUUUUUUAAAAAAAAAAUAUCCUUAAACAUGCACUUGUUUGAAUCGCUUAUGCAUCUUUGUAUUUUUGUAAAAUCGAAGUUGUAAAACGCCGAUGACGUAGUCUUACCAUCAGAGUUUCUUUCAUGCAUCUUUCACCAGGGGUCGACUGGCUCUUGAAUCUCCCGGGGAGGGGACCGACACUGGUAUUUUCUAUAUACAUUGUACAUUUGUUUUCUUUUUUCGUCCAAGUGUUGAGGGGGGGGGGGGGUGGGUGGAGAAUGUAUCCUCUUCCCCAGAGAGAUGCAUGGAAAAAAACAUUGAGUACAAUUGUUCCCUCCCAUCCAAGUGCUAGUUUUGUUAAUGUAGAAGGCACUACAUCCUUCAUCAUCAAACUUCUAAAACUUGUUUUAAAGAGCGAUCAAUCGGAAAUAAAUCUGCUGCGGUUUUUUUUCGGUUUAAGCAACUAAACGCAUUAAAGAAUUUAUUUCCAAAUCUUAGCUCACUAGCGUAGAACAACUAGCUCACCGGUAUAUUAUAGAGCUGCCUCACGUGCACAUACAUUUUUGGCUCACUUACAAAGAACAUCUAGCUCACCGGUAUAGAAAACCUAGCUCACGUGCAGAAAAUAUAGAUAUGACAAACACAGGCCUUUCCUAACAUUGGUAUCCAAAGGCUAGCUACACGCUUAGAAAAUAUUUGCAAACGGCAAAGCUCCAUUGUUUGGUAGAGUUUAAAGGUUUCAGUUAAUCUAGGGUCUAACGCUAGAGGGCUAGUCAGGCUUAUUUGGCUGUUUUCUAAUUGCUUGUUUCCAAAAUAAUGUCAGCUUAGCAUUUUUUAUUCUUCCUCUAAUGGCUUAAAUUUAAAGCUAAAAUCAAAACAUGAACACACGUAGAUCUUGAUUAAAAAUAUAAACAAAUAUCUGCGGGGAUUUAAAGGCAUCCUGUUAUAUAUAUAUAUAUAUAUAUAUAUAUAUAUAUAU